AUGCAUAUUAACAAACAAACAAAAUAGGAAAAUAAGAAAGACACGAAAAAUAAUAAGAAGAAGAAAGGCUUUUAAUUUUAUUUAUUGAUAAUUAUUAGAUAGGUAUUUCGCUAUAGUAGCAGCAUUAAAUCAAACAAAAAGUAAGUAACAAUAUAAAUAUCAAAAAGUUACUUUAUAGGAUUAAUGGAAGAAAUUAUAAAGCAAUCAAAGUUAAGAUAUCUAGAAUGUCCUAAAGGGCACCUCCAUGACGGUGAGUAGCUCAAUUUUAUUUGUGUAGAUCCUGUUUGUAAAGAUAGUGGCUUAAUUUGUUCUAUUUGUAGAAUAGAAAUUCACUAAAAACAUAAAGUGAUGCCAUUGAAAUUAUUUUUGUGUGAAGUAGCUUCAAAAAUGAAGAGUCGUCAAUAGCUCAAUAGCAAUAUAGAUGAACUACUUUCAUAGCUUGAUUCUCUCAACCAAUCUAUUCUUUAUAAUUUGAAAGAAGUUGUUGAGAGUUUAGCCCUCACAAUUAAAAAUUUUGAAACAGAAUGCGCCAAUACAAUAAAGCGUAUUCGUGAGAAGAUAAUAUCACAAGCUUUUAUGAAUGAGCAUAUGCCUAAAGUUAUAGACUCUAUAGUUAAUAGCGAAUACACUGACGUAGAAGCUCUUAAAUCCGAGUGCAAAAAGCUCGUGGAUUCUAUAAAUUAUUCAGAAAAAAAAGGAAUAGAAAUUGAUAUUCGCCCUGAAAAGUCAAUAGAAUCAUUCUCAAUUACAGAGUAAGAUAUUAUCAAGAAUAUUCAAAAGGCAUCCAAGCAAUUUAUAGAAAGCAUCAAAAAGUUAGAAAAAUCUUUUGAAAAAACUAUUUCUGCAUCUGAUGUCAGCGUUUAAUUCUAAUUUUCAUAGACCUUCAAAUCAUCUACCAUAACAGUUACUGAUAGCAAGACUGCAAUUCAAGGAUCUAACUAAAACUAUGAAAAUAGAUUUGCCUUGUUGGAACCUGAAUUAAGCAUGGAACAUCCAACUCGUUUUGCUUUCUAAGUUAAACAUAUAGCAAAUUGGAUUGGAUUUGGAGUUUGUCUCAAAAACGUCUUAGAGAAAAAAGCAUAUAAGUUUGAAUAUAAUAAUAUCGGGCAUGGUGCUUAUUUAAUAUCAUCUAACGGUUAUUCAUGGUCACACUCUUCAAAAGAAGAUAAUAUGGCAAACAAGAGCUUUGUAUUCUCAAAUGAUGACAUCAUCAUUUGUGAAUUCGAUUAUACUAAAAAAUUACUAACAUUUAAAAAAUAAAAAACACACAACAAGUUCACUCUUACUCUAGAUUUUCCAGAUACAGAAAAGGUAGUCCCUUGCAUUAACUUAUGCAAUAAAGGAGAAAAAGUUGAAAUAGUUAAUAACAUAGAUUUAAGCAGCGAAGAACUAUGA